AGAAAUUGAUUACUGAUUCGCUAAUAAACUACAUACAAGUUCUUUCUUGGUUGCAAACACUUCCAAGUUCGCGGGAAGAACACCAUGGCUGUUGCUCAGUGCAGCUUUCUUUCCGAACCAUGUUCAAACAAAACACACUUAUCCCAUUUCUCACACUCUCCAGUUCUCUCUUCUAUUAGCGCCACUCAGUUUUGCUCAAGUUUCAAACCUGUAAGGCUUUCAACGUCCAUGUCUCUUAUCUCUAAGUCACAUAGUUACAGGAAAGGUAGGGUUGUUUCUGCCCUGAUUUCUGAAGAAAACGCAAUAACGUCUAGUUCAUCUGAUGAUACUGAUGGCUUCAAACUCACUUAUUUGGAGGGAAAUAGUUGGUUGUGGGAGGUGGGUGGGGUGAAACUAUUGGUGGAUCCAAUCUUGGUGGGUAAUUUGGAUUUUGGGAUUCCGUGGGUUUAUGAUGCUGCCAAGAAGUUUUUGAAGAAUUUCCAGCUAAGUGAUGUUCCGGAAGUUGAUUGCUUACUGAUUACACAAAGCCUUGAUGAUCACUGCCAUUUGAAGACAUUAAAGCCCCUCUCUGAAAAGUACCCAACUCUGAGAGUGAUAUCUACACCAAAUGCCAAGGCAUUGUUGGAUCCACUUUUCAGCAAUGUCACAUAUCUAGAACCUGGUCAGAACUCCGAGAUUGAAGCAAUAAAUGGUUCUAGGGUCAAAGUUCAGGCCACUGCAGGGCCAGUUCUAGGUCCUCCUUGGCAGCGCCCUGAAAAUGGAUAUCUAGUGGUUUCACCACAAGGAAAGUUUACUCUUUACUAUGAACCCCAUUGUGUAUACGGUAAGAGUUCACUGGAGAAUCAGAGGGCCGACAUUGUCAUCACACCGGUCAUAAAGCAGCUUCUGCCUAGUUUUACUUUGGUCUCAGGACAAGAAGAUGCAGUUCAAGUUGCAAAGUUGCUGCAUGCCAGGUUAGUUGUGCCACUGAGAAAUGGGGAGUUGGAUAGCAAAGGAUGGCUUUCUGGAAUUAUUCGAACUGCAGGAACACUUGAAUCAUUUAAGGAACUUUUGUCCAGGGAAUUACCAGAAGCACAGGUUCUAGAGGCGACUCCUGGUGUUCCGCUAGCCAUUCCACCUCUUUCGAAUUUUCAAUAGUAUGCAUACUUGGGGAUCCUCCAUAACAUACGUUCCUUCAAAGUUCCAAGUUAUGUACAUGUAUAUUUGUGAUAAGUAAAUGUUUUGGUUCUCUUCUUUUCAAACUCUAGAUUAGAAUUACAGUGAUUUAUAUUUCAUUGACACUGGACAGUCCCAAACAAAGACGGGUCUGUAUACUAAUCCUGACUAAUACUAUGCGGAGUUAGUACUCUUUGUAUAUAAAUGUGAGAGGUAAGGCUAAAUAUGUC